CUUACCCUCCCGCCCCUGGCUACUUCUAUAUGAGCUUGUUUGAGCCUGGUAGAGCUAUGAGGAGUCGAGGUUGUCGCCGGCUGCUCGGAGGAGAGGUAGAGCUUAGUGGUCUUCGGUCAGAUGUAUUGCCAUCCUUAAACGUGGGUCCUUUCAAGAGCUUUAGGGAAGCUCACUAUCACGAUGGCCAAGUAUAAACUUGUCUUGUUAAGGCAUGGAGAAGGAGCUUGGAAUAAGGAGAAUCGUUUUUGCAGCUGGGUGGAUCAGAAACUUAACAGCGAUGGAGUUCAGGAAGCUCGAAACUGCGGCAAGCAGCUCAAAGCCCUGCACUUUGAGUUUGAUCUUGUCUUUACCUCUGUCCUUAAUCGGUCCAUCCAUACUGCUUGGCUGAUAUUGGAAGAGUUGGGUCAGGAAUGGGUCCCACUGGAGAGCUCUUGGCGACUAAAUGAAAGGCACUACGGGGCCCUCAUAGGUCUUAACAGAGAGAAAAUGGCACUAAAUCAUGGUGAAGAACAAGUGAGAAUCUGGAGAAGAAGCUAUAAUGUAACUCCGCCUCCCAUUGAUGAAUCCCAUCCUUAUUACCAUGAAAUCUACAAUGAUCGGAGAUAUAAGGUUUGUGACGUGCCUGUGGAUCAGCUGCCCCGAUCCGAAAGCCUAAAGGAAGUGUUGGACAGGCUUCUUCCCUAUUGGACUGAAAGGAUUGCCCCGGAACUGAGAAGUGGAAAAACUGUUCUCAUCUCGGCUCAUGGCAACAGUAGUAGAGCCCUCCUGAAACAUCUGGAAGGUAUCUCGGACGAUGAUAUUAUCAAUAUCACUCUCCCUACUGGUGUCCCCAUACUCCUGGAAUUGGACGAGAACCUCCGUGCUAUUGGCCCUCAUCAGUUCCUGGGUGAUCAAGAAGCUAUCCAAGCAGCUAUCAAGAAGGUGGAUGAUCAAGGAAAAGUGAAGAAAGCCGGAAAAUAAAGUUCUUGUUCUAGGCUGUCCGCUGACUGUGUAUAGGAACCAUGGCGAUGUUAUGUAGUAUGUUGUGGAUACUAAUCUGUAUUCUUUUUGUGUAUAAAGUUGAAUGAAACCAAAAGUUAGCAUUGAGCGGCAGGCUGUGAGGUGCAGUGUUUGUUGGGUGUCUUAACCUUUCGGCCCAGAUGUGUGUCCACAUCUGGUAUGGAUUCGGUCUCCCCAUGUGAUGCCAUUAGAUGCCAUGUGAUGAUCCUAAUACAAAUUGGCUAAUGGAUAAGACCUUGAACAUUAACAAAGACCUGGGAUGGGGGAGUGAUGGGGGUGAUUUCUAAGUGAGAUUGAGAGGUUCUUAUAUGGUUUCUUACAGAAACUUUGUACCCCAUUUCAUUCACUUGUGACAUAAUUCACUUUCCCAUGCACUAAGCUCUGUCUGAGAUUGUACUCUGGGAUGUUAGAUAAUGCAUUGUAUCUAAGAAUUAUUUAUUAUUAGAGUCUAUUCCUCUUGUCCAUAAAGGAAUGAGUGCUUUGAUUUAUUUAAGACCAAUGGCUCAUUGACAAGGAAAAGUCUUUUUUUUUUCCCCCUCAUAAAACUGUGCCCUCUAGUUUUAGUAUUUAGUCCCAAAGUUUCUUUUCUUUGGUAUUUGGUCAAAUUCCCUUUGGUUACUGGAGUCUUCAGAGCAUAAAUAACUAGAAUAUUUCAUGCUCUGAUUAUUUUUCCCUUUCUUCUCUGGAUUCCUGGGAUCUAGAAGAUUGGAAUCAAAAUUUUUGUCAUCAGAUAGCUUAAGUGGAGAAUUCACAUGGCAUAAAGACUUUCCCCCUCAUUGGUAGCACCCAAAGUGUAACAUUCAACUAAAAGCAGUUAUUUGUGCCUUUUUGUGACCUACUUCAUUAAAUUUAACACCCUUCUUAUAACACUGGGUUUAUUUCAGUGUCUGGGCACUCUUGAUUUUUUUCUAUUUAACAAGCUAAAUUUUAAAGUGUGUGAAGGCAAUAUGGUGAAUAUGUUUGCAGUCAAGGAAAAAAAUAAUCAGUUGUGUCUGUUAUGUAACACCAGCAUAAACUAAGAACUAAUUUAUUAUAGCACGUAGUCUGGUGCAAGGAGUAGAGGGUUUCCUUUUUCUGUUUCUUUUUAUUUAAUCCUUAUCUGCAUUUGUAAGGUCCUCAGACAAAAUGUUAUUCUUAGCCAGUUUUCUGAAUUUUGUACACUAAGGCAAUUUUAUACACUAGUUACUGGAUACUAUUUGAAAGUUAUUUUUUAAUAGUGAGUUCACCCUUGACCCUAUAAAGUCAACCUUUGAAAUCCAAGGAUCUCACAGUAGCUGUUACCAGGAUAGAUAAUUUGCUCAAUAAAGACUCAUGUCUUUAUAAAGCUGUGAACCUUCUAUAUGGGACUUUUGAAGAUGAGCAUUAUCUUAGGGCUUUGUUAUUGUUGUUGAUGUUUUGGAGGUCUACCAGUUCAAGUCACUUUGUAUAUUCUCAGAGGCAGUAUUCCAUUAUAAAAAAAACUAUACUGAGGUAAAAUCUGUGCAUAAAUUUGGUGAAGAUUUUAAUAAGUCAUAGGGGCAGCUAGGUAACGAAAAGGAUAGAGCACCUGUCCCUGUGUCAGAGUUCAAAUCCAGCUUUAGAUGUUUAGAUUUAAUCCCAAUUGCUUAGGAAGGAAGAAAGGAAACAACAUUUAAUAAGUUACAACAACUUUGACAGAAACCUAUGUAUUUAAUUAACAAUAGUUCUGUAGUGAUGGUAUGUUUUUAAGAGUGAUUUUCCAGAGGCAUAAAAUUGACCAUCCUGACAGACUAGAAAUGUAUGUUUUUUAUGUCUUUGGAAGCCUGGAUUUUACCUGCAGAAAAAAAAGAUUCCCUCUUUUCUCUGAGAGGCUUGCGUGAUUUUGUAAACAUUGAGUUUGCCAAGGGUUCUCAGCAGGAUCAGCACCCAUUCCUGUACUUCUAAAGGUCAUAUGAAGGUAAUUUCCUAUAAGUGAAUGAACUCACACUUCUCAACUUUUUUGUGUAUGUAUGUGUGUGCAAAAUAUAUACCUAUCAAUUUUUAAUAUUAGGUCUGGCCACUUAUUACAAGGAGUUCAUUCACAAUAGUAGGGGGAGUUUUUCUCUUGUUUUUCUUUCCCACAUCUUCCUUUGGGUCUUAAAAAUCCCUUCAUUUAGCUUGAGCAUAAGGGAUGUCUUUUGAAUCUUUUACUUACCCAAGUAGCUAUGUGACUCUAGGCACUUAACCCUAAUUGCCUCACACACACACCCCAAAUUAGUAAUAACUUGCCCAAGUAGUGGGUUCCUAAAUGAAACAUGAACCCUGAGAAAAUAAAUGAGAGGGGAACCCAGAUGAAUUCCCUCCCUUUUAAACAAACAACAAAACCACAACUUUUCUUUAUCCUUUUGAGGGAAAAGAAACUUUUAUAGAACAAAGAAUUUGUCUCAUUUUCUAAGGAAUAGUUUUCAGUCUUUGCUCUGUUUUGUCUUGCCAGAAGGUCAUGCCAAUUUUGGGGAAAUCAGCAUACCAAAAAAUUCUACAUAUUGGACAAUGUGUACUAGUUUUAUUUAAAAAAAAAAAAAAAAAAGGCCUGUAUGAUUGCAGGAAUCAAAUUGGAAGGAAAGAACAAAAUCCUUUAUUUAGGUCCCAUGGCUAAAGUGAGGCUUGGAGAAAUCGGGAAUUAACUUUUCCUUGUCCCUCAAUCUCCUUUAGUUGUAUCUUUCUACUCUCUUUAAUGUCUUUCAUAAUUUGACAGAGAGGGACAGUUGAGAAAUGGGAUAAGAAGGGAAGAUAGGGAAGCUUUUGGAUGUCCAGUCAAUCAUGGAAGCUUUUUGAACACCUUGCUGGGCUUACAAGGAUUUAUUCUAAUUAUUCUUUUUAUAACACGCACCUGAGAAAUGAAAAAUUUUGUGGAUUGAAGUGGAAUGAUCAUUUUCUCUCUUCUGGUUUUUUUUUUUUUUUCUUUUCUCCCCCUCUACUCCACAAGCUUCCUCAGUUUACUCCAGAGGAGUUAAUAAAGUACCUUAGUCCUUCUUGUGAGCUAUGAGGGUGGGGAUGGUUGUGUUCAGUGUUAUGUUUGAUAAUGUUACUUUUGCGUAUCAUUAAAAGCAUUCAUUUUC